AUGACAUGCGCCGCUGUUGUUGCCGUGGCGAUCGCAGUGACCCUGCUUCCUCCUAUCGUCCUCUGUCUCCUCCUCACCUCAGCUCCUCUCCCUCAGUGCAUUUCCUGUAAACAGCCUGAAGCUCUGAGCGGCCACUUCCUCCCUCGGGAGAACCUGGCACUGACCUAUAAGCGUCUGGCACGGCGCCCGUGCUGCUGCCACACACCCCGCCGCUCCUCACCGUGCCACCGCCGCUGA